UUUGCUUUAGCAGAAAAUAUAUUUCGGUGAACCAAACGUCUUGGGCAGUAGCGCGGAGUAGCGUCUGGCACACAAUGCAUCUGUCGCUUCCCGUAAAAGUUGUCCUAAUCUAAACGUAGAUCAUCGCGAUUGUCGGAAGAUUCAGCGGCGAUUAAACGUAUUCAUAGCGUUUAGGUUUUGACGUUGCGCGGCCGUCAGAAGCAACAGGGCCGCGAUUGGAGCGCGGGCGGGCGCAUGCGCGGUGCGGGCCCGAGGCGAGGGGGCAGGGGGGGUGUUCGCCGUCGCAGCCUCCACGCUCGUUCUUAAUGAAUCGCCGGUACCCGCGGCUCGCACUGCGCUCUCCCAUCCGAGUGCUCCCUUUAAAAAGUUGUUAAGGAGCUUUUCUCGCUGUCUCCCUCGCGCCCUCUCGUGUUGCAACAAAAUAAUAUCCGCGGGUGGUGGCUUCCGACGCUGCAACUGUCACAAGAUUUACCGAGCGUAGCCGAAAUGGAACCACAAUAACAUUGUAAUUUUACGAGACAAUAAAUAUCUUUUAAAUAUACUUAGCGUACGUUUUAUAUGAUGCUCAUAAUACAUUAUAUUUGAAAUUUUGAGACAAUAUAAACCUCGGAAGGAGGGUUGUUAUGACAAUAACGAGAAGUGAAGUACAACAAAAGAGCUUAUUGAUAUCAAAUGACUUUUGACGUCAUGUCUGCUGAAUCAUCAAGACGUUCAAGAUCCGUUGCCAUGGAAACCGGCGGGCUCCCAUUGGUUUCGACGUUUGCACUCCUGACUAUCGUCGCAGGUCAGCUGCAAGGGUCAAGCUACAGUGAGCAGGAGCCAGAGUUCCUGUCUCCACUGGAGAACCUGACGGUGGCUCAGGGCAGGGAUAUACACUUCACAUGUACAGUCAACCAUCUUGGACCAUACAGGGUGGCCUGGAUCAAGUCGGAUACGAAGACGAUCCUCGCGAUUCACACGCACAUGGUGACGUUAAACCCUCGACUGUCAGUGACGCACAAUGGUCACAACACAUGGAAGCUCUACAUCAGUAAUGUGGAGCCCAGAGACUCUGGGACUUACAUGUGCCAGAUAAAUACAGACCCUAUGAUGAGUCAGAUGGGUUACCUCUCAGUGGUGAUACCACCAGACAUAGCUGACGAUGACGGCUCAGAGGCGAGUGCUCCUGAAGGUGGGGCAGUAGAACUGCGCUGUACGGCAUCCGGGGUACCAGAACCGACCAUAUCCUGGAAGCGUACCGGUGGACGGCAUAUCGUGUUCCGGGAUGAGAAUGGAAAGGAGGUUAAAGUUGUUGAUAGCAUCGUAGGCUCGACGUUGGCGCUGAAGGGUCUACAACGUACCGACAUGGGAACAUACCUGUGCAUUGCCGCGAACGGAGUCCCGCCUACCGUGAGCCGACGUUACGAUGUCGCCGUUCAAUUCGAGCCGAUCGUGCGAGUGAGUAGCCCGGUGGUCCUCCGCGCUACUGACAUGCAAGUCACUCUCCAAUGUUACGUGGAGGCCUCGCCGAAAUCACUCAACACCUGGCAGCGAGGGAAGUCACAAACAGGUGGGAAGCUGCUGAACAGUUCAAAGUACGUGAUAUCCGAGGAAGUAUUGAACGAGUAUGCGUUGCGAAUGAACCUCACAAUCAAUCGACUUAAGAAGAGCGACUUCGGUGAAUAUACGUGCUCAGCUUCCAACGGCUACGGGAGGGCUGAGGGCGUUAUACUAUUAAAAGAAGCGCCUCAAAGGACCACAACUACAACUACAACAACAACUACUACCACAACGACAACAACAACACCGGAACCGACAACAACUAUUGUUGCAACCACGCGCCCGCCGAAGGUACACCUCAAGAAGCAAUACAGAGGACAAACGCGGGGCAAGACGCGAGACCAAAACGCACUCGAUCUCGACCCGCAAGAAGAACUCAACAACGCUUACAACUUUUACAACAACGCGAUCAACCCGCCCAACAACACUCAACACGAGUACGCACAGAGGACCGAAACUCAGAAACUACGCCCCACUGGGCCACCAAGACAAUACGUCGUAUACAAUAAUACUAAAGAAAUGAAUGUUCCAUUUCUUCCCAUGUUCAUAUUACUACUAAUAAAAAUAUUUGUAUAGAAAGAAAUUAGAUUUCUAAAAAAAACAUGUAGUGAUAAAAACAUGGCUGUUGAAUUUUAUAUUUGUAAGUACGUAUUUGAGGUUGUUGUAAACGUUUUAGUGGAUCUCGAUGUUAAUAUUGUUAUGGUAUCAGCAGUUAUCGAUAAAUGAGUUCAGCCUUAAUGAGUAAAUUGAGACAAUAAAUGAAAUUCUUAAUCGUAAGGCUCGACUGGAAACUGCUUACGUAAGACUUGAUUAAUGCUAAGCGGAGAGAAGUACAAUGAAAAUCGACAAUAUACAUUCUAUGAUGAAGUACGGUAAAGUAUUUUUAGUUUAAAACUUCGAUUCGCAUUAAUCAAUACGUAAACAGAUAAUUUUCGAAUUGCUAUUAAAAUAAAUUACGCGAAAACAUUUAAAUUUUUUGAUAAUAUCAUAAAUAUCAUAUCAAAAAACCUAUUUAAUAAAAAAAAAACGGACGACUAUUGGAUAAGCGAUGAUACAUCGAUCGCAUUUAAUGAGGUUUUUAGAAACUCUGUUUAGCUAAUAUUUUAUUAUUCUCGCUUUACAAUUCUAAUUAUACAGUAAUAAUGGAAUGAAUAGUAAUAAUAAAUAAAUAAUUUGUGUUUAUGAAGAAAUGUAUGAUAAUAAAAAUAGCAUUUAAUGAUACGUGACAAUACGAUUGUAAAGACAAUAGUUGUAGAUUUAAGAAACAAAUGUAACAAUAAAAUAAACUAGAUAUUGUAAUAUACAUUUUAUUUAUUAUUUAAUUAAUUCUAUUUCAGUGUUUUUUCUUUUAUAACGACUGUAUACUGUAUAUGCCUGUGACAACGAAAAUGAAUGACCAAAAUGUAUUUGAUUUUGUACUCAAUUUUGUAUCGUUUUACAAAAUAAGGCAUGCUAUUAAUACAAAGUUUUCUUUUCUAUACGUCAUUGCUUUUCUGUGAUUUAGAUGUAAUAUUUAUUUGUAUAAUUUACACUACUUUUAUAUAUACUUUUUUAAUGUUAUACAGUUUUAUAAUCAUGUUUAGUCACAGUCUGUUUAAAAUACCAAAAGUUUUUUUUGUUAGUUUCUAGCGUAUUCG